AUGGGGUCAAAGUUUCAUGCUUUUAUGUACCCAUCGUUUGGUUUUGGUCAUAUGAUUCCAUACCUUCAUCUAGCUAAUAAACUAGUUGAGAAAGGUCAUAGGGUUACUGUCUUGCUUCCCAAGAAAGCUCAGAAACAACUCGAAUCUCUCAAUAUGUUCCCAAACAGCAUUGUCUACGACCCUGUUACUCUUCCUUGUGUCGAUGGUCUCCCUGUUGGAGCAGAGACAACCUCAGAUCUCUCAAACUCGCCUAAGCAUGUCCUAUACGAUGCCAUGGAUCUUUUACGCGAUGAGAUCGAAGAAAAGGUUCGUGCCUCCAAACCAGACCUAAUCUUCUUCGAUUUUGCCUGUUGGAUUCCAGAAGUAGCAAAAAAGUUUGGAGCCAAGAGUGUGAGUUACCAGAUCGUUUCCGCAGCUUUUGUAGCUAUGUUUCUUGCACCUGGUGCUGAAUUAGGGUUUCCUCCACCGGGUUAUCCUUCAUCGAAAGUGCUAUUACGUGGACAUGACGCUAACCUCUAUUCUCUCUUCGUGAAUACCCGCCAAUGGCUUUUUGAUCGGGUCACCACCGGCCUUAAGAACUGCGACAUCAUUUCCAUAAGGACAUGCGCAGAAAUUGAAGCUAUGCCGCCCAUAGGCGCAUCAACGACACAAGAAGCAUUACCAGACGGGUACGAAGAGCGGGUUAAAGGGCGUGGAAUAGUUUGGGGAGGAUGGGUAGAACAACCUUUGAUUUUGUCUCAUCCAUCAGUAGGUUGCUUUGUGAACCAAUGUGGGUUUGGUUCAAUGUGGGAGUCUUUGGUUAAUGAUUGUCAGAUUGUGUUUAUUCCACUAUUGGCCGAGCAAGCUCUCACCACUAGAUUGAUGACAGAGGAACUCCAAGUAUCUGUGAAGGUGCAAAGAGAAAAUUCUGGAUGGUUUUCUAAAGAGAGCUUGAGAGAUGCCGUUAUAUCUGUGAUGGAUAAAGAUAGUGAGAUUGGGAAUUUAGUGAAGAGGAAUCAUAAGAUGUUUAAAGAGACUUUGGUUAGUCCUGGAUUGUUGAAUGGUUAUGCUGAUAAGUUUGUUGAAGCAUUGGAGAAUGAAGUCAACAACACAAAAUCGUUUUGA